GCACGGAGGGCGGCGGAGGAGUCUGGGCAGCCAGGCCGCGCAGCUCCUCGGCGGGGACACCGGAGCGGGCCGAGAGAACUCGGCCGCGCCGGACGCCGCUCGGCCCCGCCGAACGCCGCCCGGCCCCGAGUGGGCUCGUGAAGUGGCGACAAGGGUCCCUGUCCCGUCCCAGGCCGUGCGAGUAGGAGCGGGCUCGUGGGUGCGCUCGGCUGGGUCGGGGAGAGCGGCUUCUGCUGAUGAGUGCGGCGAGCCCCUCGGCGGCCCGGCGGGCUUUCUGACGCCGCUCCGCACCCCGAGGUGGCGCGACCCUCAGCGCCCCCAGAACCGCAGAGCUCCAGGUUGUCAGCGGGGAAGGCUGCACCAUUUUAGAGCCACCCUGGCGCGGGCUUGAACUUCAAGAAAAGAUGUGGAGUGGGCUGUUACCUCCUGGGCUAAAUGAAAGCGAUGUUGAGUCAGAUUCUGAAGAUGAAGCCACACCAGAGAAUCCAGAACUCAGAGAAUUUAAUUUACAGGAAGAUGAAGCCACACUAGAGAAUCCAGAACUCAGAGAAUUUAAUUUACAGGAGGAUGGAGAGACUGGCAGCAGUAGCCAGCCAAGGAUGUCAGAUUUCCCAGCGGGCCAGCCAGAACCGGAAACAGAGGCUGGUGCCAAUGCAUAUGAGAAGUGUCCUUCUGGAAUUCCCUUGAACAUGUGGAACAAAUUUCAAGAAUUGCAUAAAAGACAUUCUGAACAGAAAAAUUCAACAUCAAGAUUCAAACAGAAAAAAAGAAAACGCUCCAAAAAAGGCAAAUUGAAGAAUGAAAAAGAAUCUCACAGUGAACAGUCCUCAAAUGAAACACAGUGGAAGGAGCUUACUCAGUACUUUGGAGCCAAUGAUAGAUUUGAACCGCCGGUUAAACAGAAAAAAGUUGAGAAAUCAGGCCUUGAAAAGAGGAUAGACCAGGCUGUGGAGGAAUGGGAUGUUGAGAAGGCUGAAGAGCUCAGCAACCAGCUAGCUACUCGAGAGCUUGGUGUAAAAAUUGCCAAAGCAAUUGCCUGCCACAAGUUUGUUAAAGCCAAAAAGGAGGCUGAAAACUCACAGGCUGCUCGAAAGAAGAAGAAACUGGCGUGGGGGUUUGAAGCAAAGAAGAGAUGGGAAACUAAAAGCAACAUGGGAUAUAUGUAGCCUCGCAGAGUUCUUUAGGAUGUUCAUUGAGAGACUGACUGGCCUGCUUCAUUUACCAAAAAGAUUUUCCUGUUUAGGUUUAAAAUGUCAGAAAAUUGAUAAGGGUAGAAAAAAAUAAACCUAAAACUUGGGAGCUGAUUAUAAAUUCUUUUUUCUAGAAAGUUUGUAAAGGAAAUGAGCAUUUUUAUAUUUGUGUAAGAAAUUCUAAGCGUAUGUACAAGAUGGGAAGAGUUUUAUUUAUUUGUAUAAACCUACAGUUUAAAAUCAAUUUUGUGUUUCUUCUGUUAGGUCUAGCAUAGCCUAUGAGGUCCUUGUACUUCCUUAUCUAUUCUUAACAUGACUGUACUUUUUCUAGAAUUGUGUUUUUCAUAUUGGCUUUUGUUUAUAAUAGAUUAGUCAUAAAUAUAAAAAUUCUCAAUUGUUAAUGACUUUA